UGUUUCUGAACAAAGAAAGAUAUUUUCUUUAACAUUGAGAUUACGUACAUAUACGGUCAAAUUUUAUCGACUCAAAGCUCUUAUGAAAUAGUUUUCGGUUAAUGUCCAAAUCCAUUAUGCUAAUCGUUUAUAUAACUAGACUGAUACUGAUAUCCAUUAUUCUUUCGAAGUUGUUUUACUCGAAUCUAUGUAACGUCUUCGGUUGGUUUUGUUUGAAAGAAAAUCAAUUUACUAGAAAAGACAGGAGAAAGAAAGAGAAGAACGUGACAAGAUGAAUCGUGUAAAGAAAUUGCUAUCGAGUAAAGAAACUCGAGAUUAUUUAAUGAGUACACAUUUUUGGGGACCUAUAGCUAAUUGGGGUAUUCCUAUCGCAGCGAUCGCUGAUAUACAAAGGGAUCCGAAAUUUAUCAGUGGAAAGAUGACACUUGCCUUAUGCUUGUAUUCAGCAAUGUUUAUGCGCUUUGCAUUGAAGGUUGAACCACGCAACUUACUUCUUUUUGCCUGUCAUUUUGUGAACGAAGGUGCACAACUUACUCAAAGCGUUAGAUUUAUUAAGUAUCAUUAUAUAAAUAAAGAGGAAUAACAAGCGAUAAGACAAAUGUUUGCAAUUGUUUAAUUUAUUUUUUUGAAUGGAUAUCAUUAGCAUUUGUUCUAAAUUAACAUUGUUGGUAACCGUUCGUUCCCACUAAAAUUCCAAGCACAUGUAAAUAUAAUAAUAUAUAAUUUUCAAAUAUAAAUGAAAUAUCAAACAGUAAAAAUAACAGUUUUUAUAAUAAAUUAGACAGUUGCAAAUGUAAAUUAAAUAUUAAUAGAUACAUGUAAAUAAAAUAUUAAAUAGUGUUACAAUGUUAA